UUCAUCCGGGCUUCGAUCGACCGCAGCUCCAGAACCGAGUGCUUCUUGAACAGCUCGUGAGCCUCUCGAUCGGCAGCAUCCUGUGCGGGCCGGGUCGGGCUCAUCGUUGGCGCACGCUCCAGUCUCUCGGGGAUGACGAGCAAGGGUACGCUAUGGCAGUGAAUGGGCGAGUGUCGAGGCUGGUGGAUGGGCCACGACGAGUCGACUUUGCCGGGCGGCAGCUUGAAGGGAGAGACAGGCGGCGGGUGUGCAGGCUGUAGCCGUUCGUGCCUUUCAGAGACUGGCGAGCGGGCCCGGCGGUGCUGGAUGCGCUCUUGGGCUGCGAGCUUUCUGUCGCCUUUGGCCAGGAGAUGCUGGCGCAAGAGCAACAAAGUCAAGCAGGAGGGCAGGACUGGCUCGAACCGGCUGUGGCUGUGUCUGUGCGACGCCGCCAACAAGCCCGUGAUCUUGGCCUGGUUGCUGUCUCGCUCUCGGGCGAACGAUCGCAUCGCCAACCCGCAGCUGGCUAUCGAGCGACCCACCGCAAUGGCAGACCACUCCUGCACCGGCCCCGCUCCAUCGUCAGCACCGGCGGCCACGGACCCGCCGCUCGUCUCAUCGGCCCUCUCAGCCGAGUGCUUGGUAUACAGCGAGGCAGCGCCAGCGAGCAAAGUCGACCAAGGCUCCCAGCGAUCCCGGCCACAGUGCUGGAAAUGCCGCGGCAAGGGCGUGAUCCAACAGAAGCUCCUGGGCACCAAACGAAGCAAGACACCGAGGCCACCAGAUUCAGCCGUGGCCGCUGGAGAGCCUGUCCAAAGGAUCGGGACGACACAGCUUCCGAGCCAGGCAGCAUCGGCACCAACAUCGGCGCCAACAUCGGCCUCAGAAUCAAGUACGAUCGAGGCCGUAUGUCGAGUCUGCAGCGGCAAAGGGAUUGUCGAUGCUGCUCCUCCGAACCAGACAGAUUCCAAAUCAGCCCAAGUGCGACCAUUCAAGCGAUCUUGGCCAGAGUCCGUACGCCCAGGCCCCCCAGCCUCGCGGAGCUUGAUGGAUCCUGAAGCUGCACCGCAAGAAGGCGAGAUGCUGUGCUCGUUUGCAGGCCACUGGGGUAUCUACCAGAUCACCAACGGACACCGAUACACCACCGACGAUCUCGCCACCGCUGCCGUUGCAAUGAUGCACAUGAACAGCCUGAGCAAGAAGCAUCCGUUUGCCUUGACCCAUCACAUCGAUCUGGGAUGCGGGCUCGGGAGCGUGCUGAUGUGGAUUGCAUGGAAGUUCCACGACACCCUGGUUCAGAGCCUCGGCAUCGAAGCCCAAUCGAUCCAUGUUCGGCUGGCUUCCCGCUCGCUAUGGCUCAACGGCGUCGAGCACCGGGUUAGUGUUCGGCAUGGGGACCUGGGUGACAUUGCUUUGGCUCCUCGCUCCGGCCCCAUAGCACUGGUUCCCGAGGGGCCCGUCUUCCAGCUGGUGACGGGAACGCCGCCGUACUUUCCGGCAUCGAACGGAGCGCUGCCGAGCAACCAAGGCCGGGGCAUGUGCGCAUUUGAGCUACGGGGCGGAAUCGAGACCUAUGCCCAAGCUGCGGUGAGGGUGCUUGCUCCCGGCCGACUCUCCCGCUUCGUGGUCUGCCAGACGGCGCUGGAAACGGAGCGAACGAUCAAGGCUUUGCAGGCGGCUGGCCUGGUGGUUCUGGAGCGAUGGGACUUUUACGGACGGAUAGGCAAGAUGGCUCCGCUGUUCUGCGUGUUCUGCACUCGAUGGAGGAUGGAGGCCGAUGCCGAGCCGAUGCCGGAUGAAGGAAUUGUCGAGGCUAUUAUUGUACGGGACGAGCAGGGCAAGCACACGGCAGCCUAUGCCGAGAUGAUGCGACUGGUGGGCAAGCCGCCGAUGGAGGGUAACGAGGAGGGUGCUUGAUGCGACUGCGAUGCAAGUCGCUCGCGAGGCUACGAAUACACCAACAGCUUUCGUGAUGCUCGGGGCUUGCUGGUUGUCGUCAUGCUUGUC